AUGACUGGCGCAGAAGAAGUCACAUCGGAAACUUUGAGCGGGAGCUGGAAGUCUUUGACGGUUUCUCCAGACUUCUUCAAGGGUUGUCGAUCGCGCGCUCUCAACUACAUCGUGUCCGAGGAUUACGAACGAAAAUACUACUUUCACGAGUGUAGUGAGGUCUCCUUUCAGAAUGACCAGGGCAAGACGAUAUGGACAACAUCAGGGAGCGGAGAAAUCGAAAUCCCGGCAGGCGUAGCUGUCUAUGUUAAAUUUGGACAGUCACGGCCUUGA